UUCACAACGGAUGCUUGUAGGUAGGUAACACCUCCUGAGCCCUUUUAUAAGCGGCGAGAUCCCCCCGGUCGGCAUAUAUAUGCACAGCUCUUACCCAUACAGCCUCUCGCCUGUGCCCGUGUAUGUAUGUGUGAGACAUUUGGACCUAUACAACAUGCGCAUGUCUGUAAUCCUGCCGCUUCAUCAACACGAGCAACCUUUUCGCUAUCAUGUAAGCGUGCGCCUGGCAUGUUUCGCCCAACAGCUCGCUCCUCCACACCCCGGACACCAGAUCCUAUCCGCCUCGUACGGACCCGCCAUCACUCCGCCCUCGACCGUCAAGGGCGAAUCUGACACACACACACAUGCAGCAUCCUCGUGGUGUGCGUGUAUGCACGCGCUAGUCUGCGCGAUGUUGGAGACAAGGCGGUUAUAUGGAUGCCUAGCCGCAAACCUGUUCACAUACCGCCAUAAUACCCUCCGACCCUUACCAUCUACAUCCUCGCCUACAUUCUCGAAGUGUUGGGCUAGGUCAGAUAGGUAUUUCGCGAGCGUCAUCGUCUCAAGUCGGGGCCUGCCCUUGCGACAACGUGGAUCUCAGGUCGCUAGACGCCCACCUACCUACAUUUUGGAACCCGGUGCCACUGGUGAGGCUACUCCUUAUCUCGCUAACAAAUCUGAAACGUGGGUUUCCUACGUCUCCGUGUACACAUACACAUGUAUGGAUGUACAUAUGUGUGUUUAUACGUGGGUGUUUGUUCUGGUGGAUUCCGCGUUGUAUACGUCCAACCGCCACGGCCAUCACACAUUCAUGCGCCCAAUACGCCUAGUAUGGUAUAGCAGGGUAUAGAUGACGGCGCAUGGGGAGAGGGGACGUCCCACGGGGGCAUGUCUAGCAAGAUCUAACCGAGAGAGUCGAGAGUGCCGACUGACGAAAGCUCACAGGUCCCGCGAGCGAGACUACUUAUGCCACAUAUAGACUAUGGACUACUGCACGCAUAGUAUCUCACGCAGCGGCUUGAUGAUACGCACAAUUGGUAUCUAGUUUCUAUAUAUAUAGUUACCAAGUCCAAGCGGAUAUCUCAAGACGUCGUUGUCAACCAACCCUUUCGUUGCUU